UGUUCCACUACAUGAAGAUAACGUUCCACAAAGAGCAGGACUACCCGAGCGCCAUUUGCAACGGUUGCAUGAAUCGGAUGAACGGCUUCCACGACUUCCGGCGGCUGGUGGUUCGGAACCACAAUGCCGUAAAGACGUUCCGUCGGCUGUUUGGUGUUCAAAUGGAAGAGGAACCACCCACGGUGAUAGAGGUGAUCGAGGACGACGAUACCGAUGCCGAUGCCGAACCAAUGGAGAUCAAGCAGGAGUUCGAAGCGGAAGAGUCCAAGCUGGCGGACCAGAUAAAGACUGAGCACGAGCAGGGGGCGCCGCCGGUGAAGGAAACGGUCAAGGAUGUGGAUGUUUACCAUCUGGAUGGGAAGCUGGCGACCGUUGUGGUUAAGGAGGAGCAACUGUCGCCGGUCAAGGAGGAGAAGCUUUCGCCCGUGCAAUCGAUGCCUCAGAUGGAAAAAAACCCCGAGCAAAAGAGGUCACCCGCGGCAGCAAAACCGACCCCAAAUAUCAUAAACAGCAAGAUAACUAUCCUAAAACGCCCCCAGGGCAGACUGUUAAACAUGGAACACUCCGAAAAGCGUGCCAAAGUGGUCGUUGGCUCCGAGUUUUCAGUUGUAAAAUGUUCCCAGUGCCGGGCCGUCUUCCGGAACCGUGAAAAUCUCCUGAUCCACGAGCGAGACGAUCACCGACAACCAGAACAGCCCAAAGUCAACUUCAAAAAGAUCGUAACGCCCCCCACGACCCCCCACACAAGACGAAUCUCCAAACCGCUACCGCACACGGUCGCAACAUUGUUCAAGUGUCCCCACUGCAGCAGCAGUUUCAUCCAUAAGAACAACUACGAGCUGCAUCAGAAAACCUGCAAGGCCGCAGUCCUCUCCAAACUGAAUCCCCAGAUCGUGGUCAAGCGAACGACGCCGGCCGCCAUGAACGAAGUGAUAAAGGCAGCCGUCGCCAAAGUUGGCCGCCAGGUGCAGAUCAAACCGGUGGAAACGGUCAUCGAGAUCAAGCAGGAACCGGAGGGGGACGACCAGCGAAUCCGGUGCCAAUACUGCCCGCUCACCUACAAGACGAAGUACUAUCUCAAGAAGCACCUGUUCGACGUACACAAGAUCGACGACUACGAAAAUGUGUUCUACUGUCACGUGUGCAAGCUGAACUACUCGUGCGACGAAGAUCUGCAGUUGCACAACCGGGCCAUCCAUCGGUUCCUGUGCAAACAGUGUCCGGAGGACUUCCGGACGUGCAUGCAUGCGCAGACGAACGCUGGACGGCCGGGCGAGAAUGGGAUCGUCAAUAAAGGUAUGUAAGGUGGCGAAAAGUGGCGAA